AUGCAUUUGUGGGAGUCCCUAGAAUCGGCUACCACCAGCCACGUAUUCUUGCAGGUGCAAACGGACACAAAUUCGAGCUGUUCGUCCACGGACGACGAAGUCGAUGAGGCACGAGACGAGACAGACGGGGACGGCGCCUCGCCGUCGGUUGUCUCCAGUGGCAACGGAGAGGCGCUUCACGAUACCGAGGCGCGAGUUCUGCGGGAGAUUGAAGCCCUCGCCAGCACCGCGCUCCAGCUUCCAGGCGGGCUGACGUCGACCGACAAGCAACCCACCCUGCCUCCUCCCCUCGUGGGACACGCCAAUCCGAUCGCGUCGAGUAACCGCAACAGCGCCGCCAGCCUUGACAGUGGUCGUGGCUCCGCCUACGCCACCAGCUCUGACGGAACGAAAACGGUUUCCACUGGUGUUUCUGCGACCUUUCCCCAGCCCUACCACCACGUUUCCACGUCGGUGGACUACGGACAAGCCAAGUGCCCCCACCUGGCAUCGGGUGCAACACCACCGUACUACAUGUCUCCCCCGGCCAGUCUCUGUUCGCCGUCACGUCGCACGCCGCAGGGCUACCACCGGACACCGUCUGCUCACCCCUCCGCCUCCACCUGCUCUUCCGCCUCCUCCGCAUCCUCUGGUGCCUCCUCCGGGGGUUCUUCCUGCAGUUCCUGCAGUGGCGCAAGCGGCAAUGUUUCCAGCGAUCGGACGCCCGUCGAACUCCUCGUCAACUGGCUCUCGUCUGCCGGUUUCUCUGACUACACCACCUGCCUUGUGUCGGCGGGUUACGAUUUGAGCACACUGCGCCGGGCCACACCGGAGGACCUUAACGCCUGUGGUGUCACUAAUCCCCGCCAUCGACAGCAACUGCGUGCCCGACUGAGCCGUCUGCAACUGCCCGAAAAUCUUCCAGAUCACAUACCGGUUUCUGUAUUUGAGUGGCUUUCAAUCCUCAACCUGACCAAUUACUGGCCGGCGUUCCAGUCCCAAGGCCUGCUCACAUUCGAAAAGAUCUCCGUGCUCACGUGGGAGGAUUUGGAGGAAAUCGGGAUCACGAAAUUGGGUCAUCAGAAGAAGCUGAUCCUGGCUGUGGAACGACUUCGACGAGCACUGGCAAAGCGCGACGAAGACCAGGCUGGCGGAGGCGAUUCCCUCACAAGGCACUGUCGCGCCCAGAAGCACCAGGUCCUUUCAUCUCCAAGUCACUCAGCCACCGCGGCAGUUCCAGUCGUUGAGGAGGCGGAAGGCGGAGACGGUGGGCUGCCCGAUCCCACUCCACCGCCACCCCCUGCCUUCCAGGAUCCCCCGCUGCCUGGUCGGAAGACCUCAGUGGACUUUUCGGCGGCGUACGGGUCGUCAGGAUCGUCUCACCACCGACACCACUUCUCGACAAGCUACCUAACCGAUGUGGAGCGUGUUCCUGCGGGUGAUGGGGUUGGCGGUGAAGGCAGCACCAAGUCGGAUCCCCUUCCGCGCAGUGCAAGAGAGGGGGGCUCUGAGGAGCAAUCCGAAGGCACUCACAAGAGCCUUCAACACCCCCCACAACCGCCCUUCUCUGACGUUUUUCUGCCGACGAGGCAACGGCAUCGUGCCGCUACCGCCGCCGCUACCUCUGCUACCCUCGCCAUUCCUGUUUCCGUCGCGAACCAGAUGAUUCCUCCACUUGCGAGUGGGACCGCGAUGGACAAGGACUUGCAGGACAUGCAGGACAUUCGCUCGAUGCUGGACAAGCUGAGUGAACACCUGGUCCCCCGUGGUUCGCCAUGA